AUUUCUCAAUACACAGACGAGCUGUGUAGAACCGCUAAUUCCUCUCCCUACUGGUCCACCAAUAACAUUCAAACCCCAUAAUGGAUUCAACACCCAGCCAAGUGAACAUCGUUACCGGCGAGGCUAACCCAAAUCCAGAUAAUCUCACCGCCGGCACCAGAUCCCCUAUUUUCAUCACCAAUGAUUCUCUACGCUCCAUCCUCUCACACUCCUCUCUAAUCCAACACUUCCACACUACUUUACCCGCUCUCUCCGCCACACUCCAUACUCCAAUCCGCCAAAGCCAUUCUAUUUCACCCUCAUCCUCUCUCCUUCUCAUGCCAUCAUGGUCCUCAUCACCUUCACUUCCUUAUAUAGGUGUAAAACUUGUCACCCACUUCCCACAAAAUUCCAUGCUCAACUUGCCUGGAAUCCACGCUAGCUAUGUGCUUUUCAGCUCCGUCACCGGACAAACUUUGGCCUCUAUGGAUGGGACUGUCUUGACUCUUUACAGAACUUCUUGUGUUUCUGGGUUGGCAUCAAAAUUCUUGGCUAGGGAGGAUAGCAAGGUUUUGGUUAUGAUCGGUGCCGGUGCUCUGGCUCCUUAUUUGAUCAAGGCUCAUCUUGCUGUGAAACCCAGUUUGGAAAAGGUGAUCAUUUGGAACAGAACGAUGAAGAAAGCUGAUGAAUUGGUUGAGAAACUGAGAGAAGAAUGCAGAGGUGUGAGUUUUGAAAGUAAUGAUAAUUUGGAGGAGAUUGUUGGGUUGGGUGAUAUUGUGAGCUGUGCUACUAAUGCUGAUACACCUUUAGUCAAGGGUGAGAAGCUGAAGCUGGGGGCACAUCUCGAUUUGGUGGGAUCGUUUAAGGAGACGAUGAGGGAAUGCGAUGAUGAAGCGAUAAAGAGAGGGAAAGUAUACGUUGAUAAUGAGGCAGCAUUGGUUGAGGCAGGGGAGAUUGUCGGAGCGCUUGACAGAGGAGUGAUUGAGAAAAAAGAUGUCGGGUACCUAGCGGAAUUGAUCAAUGGGGAUGCUGCUGGAAGGAGGAAUUCUGAGGAGAUCACUGUAUUUAAGUCUGUUGGUUCUGCAGUUGUAGAUAUGCUUGCUGCACAGUUGGUCUAUGAGCUGUACAUGAAAAAGGUUAGUACCGAGAGAGAUGUAUAAUGCUGAUGUAGAAGAUGAUUAAGUCUUCAGAAAUGGAUGACAAUGAAUAAUAUAUCAGCUUUUCAGAA